CUUACAUUUUGUAGCGUAAUAACAACUAAAACCUCUGUGACACGCAAGGUGGCCCAGAACCAGGGGCCCAAGCAACCCCUGUUUCGCAGUUCACUAUGACUUGACUGUAGAUCUCGCAGCUUAAAUUCAAAGCUCGAUUGUUUCGCCAUGGCAGUGCUGCUGGAAACCAGCAAGGGCGACAUCGUCAUCGACUUGUUUGUCGACGACUGCCCGAUUACCAGCCGGAACUUUAUAAAACUCUGCAAGGUUAAGGCAUACAACAACUGCUUGUUUCACAAUGUCCAGCGCAAUUUCAUCGUGCAAACCGGUGACCCGACCGGGACCGGCAAGGGUGGCACGUCCAUUUACGGCAAGAUGUACGGCGACCAGGCGCGCUUCUUUGAUGACGAGCUGCGCCCGCACCUGAAGCACAAGCGGCGGGGGGUGGUGGGCAUGGCCAGCCCGGGCGAGGGACUCAACGCCAGUCAGUUCUACAUCACCACGGGCGAGGAGCUGGACAGCCUGGAUGGCAAGCACACCGUGUUCGGGCAGGUGGCUGAGGGCUGGGACGUGCUGGACUCCAUCAACGAGGCGUUUGUGGACAGCGACGGCCGGCCCUUCCAGAAUAUCCGCAUCCGGCACACCAUCGUGUUGGACGACCCAUUCCCCGACCCACCCGAACUGGAGGCGCUCAUCCCGCCCGCCUCGCCGCCGCCCGAAUUCGGAGAGGGCGACCGGCUGGAGGACGACUGGGUGCCUCAUGAGGACACGCGGCCCGCGGAGGAGGUGGAGGCGGAGAGCCGCCGCGCCGAGGCGCACCACCGCGCCGUGGUGCUGGAGAUGGUGGGGGACCUGCCGGACGCAGACGCCAAGCCGCCCCCCAACAUGCUGUUCAUCUGCAAGCUCAACCCGGUCACCAGCGAGGAGGACCUGGAGAUCAUCUUCAGCAGGUUCGGCCACGUGACCUCGUGUGACAUCAUCCGCGACUUCAAGACGGGCGACUCGCUCAACUACGGCUUUAUUGGCUUUGACUCUGAUGAGGCCUGCGAGGCCGCCUACUUCAAAAUGAACAACGCUGUCAUCGACGACCGCCGCGUGCGCGUGGACUUCAGCCAGUCCGUGCACCACCUGUGGAAGCAGUUCAGGAAGGGCGGGCGCAAGGGGGACGCCUCCAUGGGGCGGAUGGCGGACCAGCACCAGCGAGAGGAGAAAUCCCGGGUGGAGCUGAAGAAGGGAGGUGGCGGCGGGCGCGGCGGCGGCGGCGGCGGCCACGACCUGCUGCUGAUGGAUGCGGACCAUGCAGUCGCCAUGGCGGCAGCGCGGAUGAACAACGGCGGCGGCAGCGGGCGCGGUGGUGAUGGCAGCCGAGGCAGUGACCGGGGUGGCGACAGGGGGCGCGGCGGCGACGCAGCGUAUGGCGGCGCCGGCGCCGGACGUGGCGGGCGCGACGGUGGUGGCGCUGGCGGCAGGAGGGAGGGCGGCGGCUGGGACCGCGAUGGGCCGCAGGACCGCGGAGACCGGGACCGGCACCGGGAGCACGAGCGUGUGCGUGAGCGUGAACGUGACCGGGACGGUGGCGCCGCCGGCCGCGAUGCUGGCGUGCGCGAUGGCGGCGGAGAGGCAGGCCGGGCACCGCCACCACGUCACCGGGAGCGCGCAGACCGCGAGCGGGAUCGGGAGCGCGACUGGGGCGUGGAGCGGGAACGGGAACGGGAGCGGGGCCGGCACAGCCGAGGGGAGGAGGAGGAGCCCCGGGACCGGGAUCGGAAGCGAGACCGGGAGCCGGACAGAGAGCGGGACAGGGAGCGGGAGCGCAGCCGGGACCGUGUCGAUGUUCGGGAGCGCGAGCGGGAGCGAGGGCGGGAGCGAGAUGGCGACCGCAAGCGAGAGGGCCGCGAAUAUGACCGCGACAGGCAGGGGGAGCGGGAGCGCGAGCGGCCUCCGGAGCGGGAGCGGGAUAGAGAGCGCCAUGACCGGCGGUGAGCUCAGACUGGGGACAGAGGGAUGUCGCCAUGCCCCUUGGGCCUGACGCCUUGGUCGCCGGUUGCAGUGUUGCUUCUUCGCUGCAAGCUGGUGGCGGGCCGCGAGCACGCUGGGAGUGCUGUACGGUGGCGGCCUCUAGGGGCGAAAAGGUGCUGGGGCCGCCUGACAUGUUCUUGCCUGGCAUUUCGCGUUGUUUGAGACGAGGGCAGACUCGGAACCCAAGGAAAGGACUGUGCUGAAGGGCCCACGGUGCACCGUGGUGGUGUGUGUGGUGAUUUCCUGUUGCCCGUGCGGCCGAACGGACUUGCGGCAAUCCGAACGGUAGUUUGUCCUCUUCAACUCUUC